AUGGACUUGAAAGUCUUCGUGGACACCGAUGCCGAUGAGCGCUUGGCGCGUCGACUUAGACGUGAUAUUGCGGAGCGCGGCCGUGACUUGAAGGAUAUACUCGAGCAAUACAAUCGUUUCGUGAAACCCGCGUAUAACCAAUUCAUUGCACCUUCAAUGGCUCAGGCUGAUAUCAUCAUACCCAGGGGUGAGUUAUUUGAUCCACCCCACAGUAUUAAGCUCAUCUUUUCGUUUUUCUCUGUAAAAUUGAUGCUCUCAUCCACAUGA